AUGAAGUUGACAGCAAGUGCCAGCGAGAACACCGUCCACCAACUCAGCGGGGCUUAUUCUUUCCUGAGAUUUGGGGAAUGUGAGUAUGCUUUCCUGAGAUUUGGGGAAUGUGAGUAUGCUUUCCUGAGAUUUGGGGAAUGUGAGUAUGCUUUCCUGAGAUUUGGGGAAUGUGAGUAUGCUUUCCUGAGAUUUGGGGAAUCUGAGUAUGCUCUCCUGAGAUUUGGUGCGUGUGAGUAUUCUUUCCAGAGAUUCGGGGAAUGUGAGUAUGCUUUCCUGACAUUUGGGGAAUGUGAGUAUGCUUUCCUGAGAUUUGAGGAAUGUGAGUAUGCUUUCCUGAGAUUUCGUGCCUGUGAGUAUGCUUUCCUGAGAUUUGGGGAAUGUGAGUAUGCUUUCCUGAAAUUUGGUGCGUGUGAGUAUGCUUUCCUGAGAUUAGGGGAAUGUGAGUAUGCUUUCCUGAGAUUUGGGGAAUGUGAGUAUGCUCUCCUGAGAUUUGGUGCGUGUGAGUAUUCUUUCCUGAGAUUUGGGGAAUGUGAGUAUGCUUUCCUGAGAUUUGGGGAAUGUGAGUAUGCUUUCCUGAGAUUUGGGGAAUGUGAGUAUGCUUUCCUGAGAUUUGGUGCGUGUGAGUAUGCUUUCCUGAGAUUUGGGGAAUGUGAGUAUGCUUUCCUGAGAUUUGGGGAAUGUGAGUAUGCUUUCCUGAGAUCUGGUGCCUGUGAGUAUGCUUUCCUGAGAUUUGGGGAAUGUGAGUAUGCUUUCCUGAGAUUUGGUGCCUGUGAGUAUGCUUUCCUGAGAUUUGGUGCCUGUGAGUAUACUUUCCUGAGAUUUGGUGCGUGUGGGUAUACAUUCCUGAGAUUUGGGGAAAGUGAGUAUGCUUUCCUGAGAUUUGGUGCGUGUGAGUAUGCUUUCCUGAGAUUUGGGGAAUGUGAGUAUACUUUCCUGAGAUUUGGGAAUGUGAGUAUGCUUUCGUGAGAUUUGAUGCGUGUGAGUAUGCUUUCCUGAGAUUUGGGGAAUGUGAGUAUGCUUUCCUGAGAUUUGGGGAAUGUGAGUAUGCUUUCCUGAGAUUUGG